AUGGUACGAGAGCCACGGUUUUGGAUAGCUCUAGUUGGAGUUAACAAUAUUUUACAGAGCUACAAGAAGCAUAAGAAAAUAAAAAUUGUUGAUAUCAUCAUCCAUCCAGAAUUCAAGUGUAAAACCUUUGAAAAUGAUAUUGCCCUGGUUCAUUUAAAAGAUCCUGUCACUUAUAAUGACUUUGUUCAGCCUCUCUGCCCCUGUUUGCCAUUUUUUAAUGAUGUGCCCAAAAUAGAUAAUACCAAACGGUGCUUCAUAAGUGGUUGGGGAAGAAGAAAAGAAGAAGGUACAAUAACAUCUUUAUUACAAGAGGCUGAAGUGCAUUUUUUACCUUGGGAUACAUGUAAUGCAGUAGGAAGUUAUUCAGGAAGAGUUCCUAAUACUUCAUUUUGUGCAGGUGAAAGUUAUGGAAGUGUUGAUACUUGCACGGGUGACAGUGGAGGUCCUUUGAUGUGUUACUUUCCAGAAAAUGAAAGAUUUUUUCUAAUGGGUAUUGCCAGUGCUGGAGUUGACUAUGGCAGACCACUUUUCCCUGGUAUUUAUACUGAGGUGCGGUUAUAUGAAACAUGGAUGAAAAAUGAGUGGCAUCUGGAUGUUCCUACAGGCAAAAAUGAAAUGAAUAUUGUUCAGGGAAAGGUUAUAGUAAUUAUGGUAUUGAUCAUCUUAUUUGUGGCCACAUAA